AUGGCGGAAGAAGUCUAUGAUGGUGCCAUUGGCAUCGAUUUGGGUACCACCUACUCUUGCGUUGCCACUUACGAGGGGAGCAAUGUCGAGAUCAUUGCCAACGAGCAGGGUAACUUCACCACCCCCUCUUUCGUUUCCUUCUCCGACAAGGAGCGAUUGAUCGGUGAGGCCGCCAAGAACCAGGCUGCCAUGAACCCCCGCAACACCGUCUUCGACGUCAAGCGUCUCAUCGGUCGCCGAUUCGAUGACCCCGCCGUCAAGAAGGACAUGGAGAGCUGGCCCUUCAAGGUCAUUGAUGAUGCUGGUAACCCCAAGGUCGAGGUUGAGUACCUCGGCGAGACCAAGACCUUCUCCCCCCAGGAGAUCUCUGCUAUGGUUUUGACCAAGAUGAAGGAGAUUGCCGAGGCCAAGCUUGGCAAGAAGGUUGAGAAGGCUGUCAUCACUGUUCCUGCCUACUUCAACGACAACCAGCGUCAGGCCACCAAGGAUGCCGGUGCCAUUUCUGGCCUCAACAUCCUUCGUAUCAUCAACGAGCCUACCGCCGCCGCUAUUGCCUAUGGUCUCGGCUCUGGCAAGACCGGCAAGGAGCGAAAUGUCCUCAUCUACGAUCUCGGUGGUGGUACUUUCGAUGUUUCCCUUCUUAACAUCCAGGGCGGUGUCUUCACCGUCAAGGCUACUUCCGGUGAUACCCAUCUCGGUGGCCAGGACUUCGAUACCAACCUGCUCGAUCACUGCAGGAAGGAGUUCACCCGCAAGACCAAGAAGGACCUUAGCAGCGACCCCCGUGCCCUCCGUCGUCUCAGGACGGCUUGCGAGCGUGCCAAGAGGACCCUUUCCAGCGGUGCCCAGGCCACCAUCGAGAUUGAUUCUCUCUUUGACGGCGAGGACUUCGCCAUGCAGAUUACCCGUGCCCGUUUCGAGGACCUCAACUCCAAGGCCUUCGCCGGUACCCUCGAGCCCGUUGCCUCCGUCCUGAAGGAUGCUGGCCUCGAGAAGGGUGAGGUCGACGAGAUUGUCCUCGUUGGUGGUUCCACCCGUAUCCCCCGUAUCCAGAAGCUCCUCUCCGACUUCUUCGGUGGCAAGAAGCUCGAGAAGAGCAUCAACCCCGAUGAGGCUGUCGCCUACGGUGCCGCCGUCCAGGCUGGUAUCCUCUCUGGCAAGGCCACCUCCGCCGAGACUGCCGACCUCCUUCUCCUCGAUGUUGUUCCCCUCUCCCUCGGUGUUGCCAUGGAGGGCAACAUCUUCGCCCCCGUCGUGCCCCGUGGCCAGACCGUCCCCACCAUCAAGAAGCGAACCUUCACCACUGUUGCCGAUAUGCAGCAGACCGUUCAGUUCCCUGUCUACCAGGGUGAGCGUGUCAACUGUGAGGAUAACACUUCCCUCGGAGAGUUCACUCUUGCUCCCAUUCCUCCCAUGAAGGCCGGUGAGCCCGUUCUCGAGGUCGUCUUCGAGGUCGAUGUCAACGGUAUUCUUAAGGUCACUGCCACUGAGAAGACCUCGGGCCGCAGCGCCAACAUCACUAUCAGCAACUCUGUUGGCAAGCUCUCGUCCACCGAGAUUGAGAGCAUGAUCAACGAUGCCGAGAAGUUCAAGAGCAACGACGAGGCCUUCAGCAAGAGGUUCGAGGCCAAGCAGCACCUCGAGAACUACAUCAACCACGUCGAGGAGCUCGUCUCUGACCCCUCGCUCUCCCUCAAGCUCAAGCGUGGCCAGAAGGACAAGAUCGAGGCCACCAUCAGCGAUGCCAUGGCCGCUCUCGAGCUCAAGGAGACCAGCGCCGAGGAUCUCAAGAAGCAGGAGCUUGCUCUCAAGCGCCUUGUGACCAAGGCUAUGUCCAGCCGAUAA